AUAUUUUAUUGUUACACGAAUGUUCCCAUGUGAGGAGGGAAAACGAUGGCUUCUGGGGAUGUAGGUAACACGUUGGAGAGUUGUUUAAAGCUGCUGAGCAUCAACACUGCACACCCAGAAAACUUUUUGAAUCUUCAGGAUGGAGUGGCAGCGGAAUUUACUUCCCUCACAAAGCUCCUGUAUGACUUUCAAAAAGCCCAUGAGCCCGAAGACUCAAAGGGAAGCCCUCUGGAUCAACUUAUGGUUGAGAACUUUGACGAGGAACAGAUAUGGCAAGAACUAGAGCUCCAAAAUUCUGCAGUGCUGAAACUCUUCCAGGUAGCAGUGAGUCAAGCUGCCUUGGAUACAACUCUGAGUAUCCUGCAUGAUGAAGUGCCUGCUGAUGAAGGUACAGAUAAAGAGGACAAUCAAGAUGAUGAUGAUGAUGAUGAUGAGACAAGUGACGGUGGCACGGAAGAUGAAAAAGAAGACAGAGAACGCCUGCUUAAGACUGCUAUGGGUGCUGUGGGUGGGAUUAACUCAGAUGAGGACUCUGAUGUAGAUUUUGAUGUAGAUGCAUUCGAAAAACUAGCUAAAGAGAAGAAACGCUCUUCGCUAAGAGAGUCCAAACCAUUGGGUCCUUCAUCAGAGGUUGAUGACAGGUUCUUCAAGCUCUCCGAGAUGGAGUCUUUUCUGGAUGAUAUGGAUAAAAAGGAGGGGAAGGAGAGAGAUGAAGAUGAAGAUGAUGAAGUAGAUUUCUUCCAGGACAUGCCAUCUGAAGAUGAUGAUGUAGACCUCUUUGGUGAAAAGGUUUCCUCCAAAAAAGCAAGCAAACUGAAAAGUUCCAGGAAUCUGAAGUACAAAGACUUCUUUGAUGCUGUAGACGACCAACCUGCAGAAACAGCUGACCAAUCAGAAGCUGAGGAUGAGGAUGCGAGUAUGGAUGGGAUGCAGGAAGAAGAGGAAGAUGAUGAAAAUGAGGACUUCCGUGAGGAUGAAGAUAGCAGACAAGCAAAGGAGGCUUUUAAACAUGUGACCUUUAACCUCCCUGGAGAAAGUAAUGACAGUGAGGGAGAAAACAUGACAGUCUUUCGGCGAAAGUCCCAAACUGCUACAGAACCUGAAUCCAAAUCAUCCUUUGAGAAACGACAAGAAAGGAUGGCUGAAAAGAUCCAGGAUUUGGAGAAGGCUGCAAUGGGAGAGAAGCCAUGGCAACUGACAGGAGAGGUGUCAGCCCAGACUCGCCCAGAGAACAGCCUUCUGGAGGUGGAUGUGGUAUUUGACUCGGCUUCCAGGAUGGCCCCUGUUGUAACAGAGGAAACCACAUUGCAACUGGAGGACAUCAUCAAGCAAAGGAUUAAAGACCAGGUGUGGGAUGACGUGGUGCGCAAGGAGAAGCCUAAGGAAGAGGUGUUUGAAUACAAGAAGCGCUUGACUCUGGACCAUGAGAAGAGCAAGCUAAGCCUUGCAGAGGUUUAUGAACAGGAAUACCUGAAGCAAAAUCAGCAAAAGGCAGAGGAGGAAGAAAACCCAGCUCAUGUAGAAAUUCAGAAGCUCAUGGAUUCGCUAUUCCUUAAACUAGACGCUCUCUCUAAUUUCCACUUCACGCCAAGACCGCCUGUUCCUGAAGUGAAGGUUGUCUCCAACCUGCCUUCUAUUGCCAUGGAGGAGGUGGCUCCAGUCAGUGUUAGUAAUGCUACUCUGUUGGCUCCAGAGGAAGUCAAGGAGAAGAACAAGGCUGGUGACCUUCUGGGUGACUCUGAAAAGACUGCCACAGACAAAAAACGAGAGAGGCGCAAGAAAAAGAGAGUGAAGCGCAUCAAGAUCCAUGAGAAGGAGAUGAGGCAAAAAUUGAAGGAGGCGAACAGAACUGGAGAGAAUAAGAAACUAUCAAAGGCGGAAGUGGCAGAAAACCUCAAGAAACUCACAAAGGGAGGCAAAGCAACAUUAAUGAAGGAUGAAGGGAAAGACAAAGCUCUUCGCUCCUCCUCUGCCUUCUUCUCCCAACUGCAAGACCAAGUAAAAAGCCAGAUCAAAGGGGCUGUGGACCCGGGCUCCAAGAAGAAGAAACACAAGGAAGUCUCAGUCAGCAAACUCAAGUUGUAACGUGUAUUAUGAGGAUUGUGUUCUGAUUAUGCAUAUUUCUUUGUACAGAUUUUAUAAGAGGAUGCUGCAAUAUAGGUUGUCCAGUGGUUAACCACUGCGCUUGCAACUUUGUAAUAGGCAAUAAAGAGUCUUGCUGAAGGUA